CUAAGAAAUGACAAAAGAUCAUUUUAAUUGUUUUACAUGUCUUUGUUCAGACGCAGUUGUUUUUUGUAUUUUGUCUCAUUUUUGUUGAAAUUUUAACAGAAAUAAAUUAAAAUGUCUUCAAAGAAACUAACCUCAAGAAAUGAGAUCGAUGAUAUGGAAAAACUUGCAAUACUUCUAAGUUUGCCUCACAAAAAUACCUACAAUGCACUACCUGAAGUUGAACGUCCAGCUGGUCUACCGAUAAAUGCAUUGCCAGGUUGGGAAUCAAUUCCUCUACAUUCGAAGCUUCCCAUGCUUAAAUGUCCCAAUAAUCAAGUAAUAUUCACAAAGAAUAAAAUUGGAAGAUCUUAUGAAAACUCACAGCGGGAUUUUGAUUCAGUUUGUCUCAAUGCAAAAAUGGACUACAAUCCUUUGCAUGAUCCACAUUUGGGAAGAUUUUAUUCCAAUGAGAAACUUUUGAAACGUCUUCGAGAAAACGGUGAAAUAACUGAAAACAAUGAUGUCAUUUGUACCUUGAAGGAGUUCAAUGAACAUCGAAUACCUUUGCAUGAAACAUAUCUCUCACUCAUUCGGUCGCAGAGAAAUAAAAUGAGCGAAGAACAACAAGAUAUUCACAUGAUAUCACAUGCUGAACAGAUAGCAGAACGAGAAAAGAAGCUUACUGAAAAAAGUCUAAAAGGCACAAAUUACUUUGGAGAUAUAUCAACGCGAAAAGCCGAAAUUUCUCAAAAACGUGCUCAAAGAAAUCAAGCCAUUGUCGAAAGAAUUUGUGAAAAAGAACAGAAAAUCGAACUACACAAGAAUUUACAGGAAGAAGUUUGGAGACAUAAAAAAGAAUUGAAUAAUUUUCGGAUUAAACAUAUUUUGGAUGUUGGAAUCGAUAUUCAGAGAAAGCGACUUAUUGCACUGAAAAAACAUUUGCAAUACAAAUCAGAUAGACUCAAAAGAAACAUAAAAUCGAUUAAGGAAACAAGUAUGAAAAUGGCUGAGGAAAAAGCUGAGCUAUCUUGGGAGAUGCAUCUUCAAGAAAGAAUUAUGAAGCAUGAGAAAUUGAAGCAAAUAACUAAAGAAAAUGAAAAUGAUAUGAAAGAAUGGAUUGAGAAUCACAGAGUUCAAUAUCAACAAAAAUGGAAUGAAAUUCAACAGCAACUCGAAAAUAGAUGCCGUCGCGGUCAUCAUUCGGAAAAUGUUACAAGAAAAAAGCGUUUAAUAAAGAAAAUACGAUGCAGCCUUGAAAAAUCAAAUGAAGAUGAUUUAAAAAAUCUAACAUCUCAAGACAUUCAUGAUGCCCUUCAAACUGCAAUCGAUUUAGAAAAUCCCCAAAAAUUACAACAUUUCGAUUCAGAUGAUUAUAUUUUCAAAGCAGCCAAAUACAUAUUAGAAGAUAUUCUAGCAAAAUUUGACAAAGAUCUAACCUGUGAAAAGGAAAUUGAAUAUGUACUUUCAAAUCGUAUAAAUAAAUUGUUUACUAAUGUCAAGCAAUAUGUUUUAAAGAGAGCAACCCACAUUAUCUCAACUGACCGUGUAAGUACCGGAUCAAGAAGUAUAAGUUUCCUAUCGACACGAACAAAAAGAUACUCAUUGGCAAAAGGUGUUUCAUUCAAUAGCUUUUCGACCUUAAUUGGAACUGGAAGCUAUGCUUUGAAUGAAGGUGGUGUUAAAUUAACAACUGGAAGACCACCAACUCCAGCAGGCUCUUUAACAUCAGUCGUCAUUGACCCUGACGACGAUGAUAAUGAAGAUGACAAUGCCAACAAUCUAACUAAGAAAAGAAAAAGUCUCCAUCAGCUGUCUCGAGAUCAACGUAUUUUCGUUGAACAUUUGUUUAUAAAGUUCAAACGAGAGCUAAUUGUGGGUGUUGGAAAGCAAGUUAUGGCAGCAAUUGAGUGUCAUAAAAAGAACAAGAUACUGAGAGUAAGAAAGGAACUACAAGAUAUUGACAAACAAUUCCUCGUGAAAUUAAUGACACGCUCAAUUUUAAGCUAUGCCAUUAACAAUUGCAACUUUCAUUCAAACAUAUUACUUUGUCAAUAUGCUUUGGCAGGAGAUAUAAUUCUUUUACUGCAAAAAGGUCUUUUAAAACCAAAACGUGAUCCUAGGGUUAUUGUACAACCACGUUCUAGAUGCGUUUGUGUAUUGGCACCACCAUUUUCAACAUAUUGCAGAUGAAUUUAAAUGGAAAUUAUAAUCAUAGUUAAUAGUGCUUACCGUUUUUUUUUUUAGAGAAAAUGUUAAAUUUGUUGUUGAAAAACACUGGCAAUUUCACAAAAUAACAAACGUGUAUUUUUACAAAUUUACCAAUUUGAAACCAAAACAAAAUAAACUCUGCGAAAAUAAAUGCACUGCUGUCAAAAUAGAUGUCAGAAAAAUUGA